AAUACCUGGCUACACGAUACGUUAGCCUGUUGAUUAAUGGUCUCUAUAAAUAGCGAGUACUGCUGUCAGAUUCUGAUCAGAUUUCAAUAGUCGUGUCUGCACGGAAAGAUACAGCGCGCGGCAAGAUCCAAGUCAGAUCGCAGUCAAAUGUUUGUAUUUCAAAUAGGACUUUGCAGGCUCUUAUGAACCGCAACAAUAGUUGCACGGUUCCAAAAACUUGGACUCAAAGAGAAGAGCCGGCAAGAAAUUCCAUCGACACUCUUUAUUUAUAUGUAAAUGUUCACAAGGACUAAGAUACAUAACGAUAGUAAGCCGAUAAAGUUAUACAUUUAACGCAAAUGCAAGACGAACUACAAUUCAAUAUAAUGCUAAAAACUAGACGUAGAUGUGCCGCGGAACUCUAGACAGUUUUAUUGUUAAACCAGAACAAGAAAUGUAGUCUAAUCGUUUAAAAAGUUUAAUUCGGACAUAUUUGCAAUGUAAUCAAGAACAAAUUGGAAUUUCGUCAAACAAGUAUAGUACCACUUCGAGUCUACUCUCAGCCUAAUACAUAGCACAACAGAGUAUUUAUAUAGCUCGCCGGAAUCAAGUGUUUUAGUGUAUUCAUGUUAAUUGAUCAUACAAUGUUGAACAACCGCGAUUUAGUGCUGUUCAUUGUGUUUUAUACGUUUUGUGCUGGCGCCACGAACCCAUCAGCUGAUGGGUUGAGAUGCGAGGUGCGCGCUUUCAUCGACUCCGGCUGGCUGUGUGGUCUGCGCCUGCCGGGGGAGUAUGACAAGGAGUACGCGAGCUUCAGAGGCAUCCCCUAUGCUCAGCAACCGGUUGGCGCAUUGCGGUUCAAGGAGCUCCAGCCAGUGAGGCCGUGGCCUCUCCACCUGGACGCUACACAGGAAGGUCCCAUCUGUCCGCAACAUGACGAGCUCUACGCGCGAAUGGUGCAACCACAAGUGGGCAUGAGUGAAUCCUGCAUCUACGCCAAUGUACAUGUACCCAUGGAAGCUCUCCCUGUAGUCGAAGGAGUUCAUGACCACGACUACCAUGUACACCAUUUAAACAAUAGAACUAAGAAAGGUGUUCCAAUCUUAGUGUUUAUUCAUGGUGGAGGAUUCCAGUCGGGAUCAGGAGACACUGAUCUUCAAGGUCCAGAGUAUCUAGUUAGCAAGGGGAUUAUGGUCGUUACUUUUAACUACAGGAUCAACGUUUUCGGUUUUCUUUCGCUAAACUCUCCAAUAAUCCCUGGCAACGUUGGUCUUCGGGAUCAGGUGACGCUGCUACGAUGGGUGCAAAGAAACGCGAGAGCUUUUGGCGGAGACCCCGAUGACGUCACGUUGGCAGGGCAGAGCGCCGGCUCAGCCUGCGCACAUCUGUUGUCCUUGUCUAAAGUAACGAAGGGACUUUUUAAAAGGGUGAUCCUUAUGAGCGGUACGGCAAUACCUGCAUUUUUUACUGCCUCUCCAAUUUAUUCCACCUUUGCUGCCACCAGAUUCCUAUCAAUCUUAGGGAUUAACUCUACAGAUCCCGACGUCAUCCACGAUCAACUCAUUAACACUCCACUGGAGGAUAUCGUAAAUGCUAAUAGUCAGUUCCAAUACGAGACAGGGUUGGUAAGCUUCUCUCCUGUCGUUGAAGGAGUGUACCCAGGAGUCGAGCGAAUCAUAGACGACGAUCCAAUAAGACUUAUAAAGCAAGGCCGAGGAAAGGAGUAUCCACUGAUUGUCGGAUUCGCAAAUGCAGAGUGCGAGUUUUUUAAGAAGAGAUUACUAUAUUUACGAAUGAUAAGGCGCAUUGAGGCAAAUCCUCUUCUAGUUUUACCUGUUCGCAUACCAUUCUCAACUGCUCCAAAUGUAGCCCUUGAACUGGCCCAAAAAGUGAUACACCGGUACUUCCAUGGAAAAUUAAAUAUAGAUGAUUAUUUAGAAGUAUGCAGAGAUACGUUUUUCUCGUAUCCUGCGUUCAAGGUAGUUGAAUGGAGAGCCGAGAUGGAUGCGGCACCGGCUUUCCUAUACAAGUUUUCAUAUGAGAGUCUAUUUAGCGCAGUGAAGGCAGGUGUGAACCUUAACUAUCACCGCACUGCUCACGUUGAAGACUUGACUUACAUCUUCCGCGAAAAUGCUAUUCUUGGUGACGAGAAGUCGUUUCCGCCUAAAAAUCAAGACGAUCUUAUGAAAGACUGGAUGACAGACUUCUUUGUCAACUUUAUGCGAUGCGGUAAGCCAACUUGUGGAUUCAGAGGCUGGCUUUCAGUUCGAGCGAACGUCUUAAACUACCAAGCCAUCGACAAACCAGCUGUUCUCGAAAAUACGAUACCUACCAAAUAUGAGCAUGACAUGAUCGAGUUCUUCGACAAGAUCGAACAGAUAGCCAGAAAUGCUUCGUUGAACGUCCUCCUCGACCCUGUUACAACGCCAACAUGAUGGAAACGAGACGAACUACCUUCGAUGGUCACUGCUGAUACUGAGGCAGGUCCUCUGAAGGAUAUAACUUCAGAUUGGCUAUUUUUUGUACAAUUUAUUUAAGUACAGCAUUUAAGUACCUAAACGGAAAUGUCAAAAAAUAACUUCAGUGGCUUUUCUAUAAAUAGCAUAUUUACAUAAGACAUGUUUUGUGGUUGCAAACCAGUUUGGAGUUGAAUGUGUAACUAGUUUCUACAUAUUGAUCAAUCUGUAACUGUUUAAAUAGCGCUAUAUUUAAAUGUAAUUAAAAUAAUAGUAUAUUUAAAUUGUUUCAGAUGCGGUGCACGUUAUAUCAAUUAAAAAUGUAAUUAUAUUAGAAGCGUACAGCAGUAGUAUUAUUUCUCCUCCCACCUAAUGAGAUAGCGGACCUUGGCACGUCACUGGUCUUGCAUAAUUAGGGUAUCCAUGUACUAACCUUCUAAAAGUUUGUAAGAUGUUUGUUCCACUUUCACGCAAGAGUACUCUGCUACUGAAUAUACUUUGAUGACACUAGUCAGUAUUAAAGCUUAUAUAUUCGGAUAACAUAUAGGCUACUUUUGUACCCUUCCAUAAGCCAUCAGGCCAAACAGAUUUUGGAAAAGCAUUGUAAUGCUGUCACGAAUUUAGGUAUCAAAUACGUUUUCAAGGAUUACGCCAUUUGGACGCAUAAGACACUGACGAACAAUAAUUAGUUUUAUUACACAUAAUAUAACUUAUCUGCACCUUUAUCCGUCAAAUAAAUGCAGGCAAAAACUCGUCGGAUAACCUCAUAACUUAUAAUAUAAUUAAAGAUCACAAAAAACAUCUAACCCAG